CAUUUAAGUUGGAUUAAAAAGGGGGGCGAUAAUGCACCAUGGCAACGGCCCUCAGAAUGUCCCUCAUCAGCUGCAGAGGGCCAGGACCUUCGCGGGCAGUGAGGAAGAACAGCAGGCCCAUCCAAUGCCACCCCAGUCCCCUGCCACACCUUUCGCGCCGUCAGCGAGCCCCUCCGCACCCCAAUCCCCCACGUACCAAGUCCAGCAGCUGAUGAACAGGAGCCCUGUGCCUGGGCAGAAUGUGAAUAUCACCCUUCAGAAUGUUGGCCCCGUCGUGGGCGGAAACCCCCAGAUUGCUCUCACCCCCUUGCCUCUUCCCAACCCCACCUCGCCUGGGUUUCAGUUCAGCGGGCAGCAGAAGCGCUUUGAGCAUGGAUCACCGUCGUACAUUCAGGUCACCUCACCACUGCCCCAGCAGGUGCAGACCCAGAGCCCCACACAGGCCGCUCCUGGGCCCGGGUCAGGCCUUCCGAGCGUUCGGGCUGGGGCUCCGGGCCCCGGCCUGGGCCUGUGCAGCAGCAGCCCGACCGGGGGCUUUGUGGAUGCCAGUGUGCUGGUGAGACAGAUCAGUCUGAGUCCCUCUGGCGGCGGGCACUUUGUGUUUCAGGAGGGCUCGGGCCGGGCCCAGGUGUCCCAGGGAGCCCAAGUCCAGCUGCAGCACACGGGGACUUCGAUGGCGGUCAGGGAGCGGAGGCUCUCCCAGCCCCAUGCGCAGUCCGGAGGAACCGUCCAUCAUCUGGGACCCCAGAGCCCUGCGGCCGGGGGUGGGGCCGGCCUGCAGCCCCUGGCCAGCCCCAGCCACAUCACCACCGCCAGCCUGCCCCCUCAGAUCAGCAGCAUCAUCCAGGGGCAGCUGAUUCAGCAACAGCAGGUGCUGCAGGGGCCCGCGCUGACCAGACCUCUGCUCUCUGGGGUCGGGGGCGCUGCUGCAUUUGGGAUGACGUCCCCACCGCCCCCCACGAGCCCUUCCCGGACCACAGUGCCUCCGGGCCUCUGUAAUCUCCCUCCCACGUCUGCGGGGAAUGCUGGCGUGAGAAAAGCUCCCAAGAAACUAGAGGAGAUUCCCCCAGCCUCUCAGGAGCUGGCUCAGAUGAGGAAGCAGUGCCUGGACUAUCACCACAAGGAGAUGGAGGCGCUCAGGGAGGCCUUCAAGGAGUACCUGAUCGAACUCUUCUUCCUGCAACACCUGCAAGGAAACAUGAUGGAUUUCUUAGCAUUCAAGAAGAAGCAUUAUGCCCCGCUACAAGCUUAUCUUAGGCAGAAUGAUUUGGACCUGGAGGAGGAAGAGGAGGAGGAGGAGGAAGAGGAAGAAAAGGCUGAGGUUAUCAAUGAUGAGCAACAAGCCCUCACAGGAACCUUGGUCGCCGGGGCUGGAAGUGCAGCAGCCGUGGAGUCGGACCCCUGUAAGAGGAAACAGGCAGGCCCUCCAGCAGAGCAGUCUAAGAGACCUCGGCUUGAAGUGGGUCACCAAGGGGUAGUUUUCCAGCACCCAGGGGUGAAUACAGGAGUCCCUCUUCAGCAGUUAAUGCCGACAGUCCAAGGAGGAAUGCCUCCUGCCCCCCAGGCUGCUCAGCUGGCAGGACAGAAGCAAAGUCAGCAGCAGUACGACCCCUCCACUGGGCCUCCGGUGCAGAAUGCAGCCAGCUUGCACACGCCGCCACCGCAGCUCCCUGGCAGGCUGCCCCCCGCUGGCCUCCCCGCCACGCCCCAUCCAUCCACACUGCAGUUCUCACAGCAGAUGGCAGAGCCGCAGACCCAGCUCCCAGUCCCAGUGAAGACUCAGCAGCCAAAUGCCCAGGUCCCUGCACCGCCUCCCAGCCAGCUUUCCGGCGCUCCUCCACCACCUGCACAGCCAGCCCUGCACAUGCCGAUGCCCGGGAAGGCACACAUGCAGAUCCCGCAGCUUUCCUCCCAGCCCCAGACGGUGGUGCCAACAAGGCCAGCUGUGGAGUCUGCUCAGCCCUCUCAGCGCCCCAUCCCAGCCUCCUCUGCUCCCUUGUCCAUUGCUCCUAGCAGUGUCUCCGGCCCAGGAUCCUCACCUGCCCGUGCCUCCCCUGUGAAUAGACCUGUAGCAACCAGCAAGUCAUUGUCUCCAGUCGCCUCCCGAUCCCCGGGGUCGGCUCUCUCUGCCCCCCCAAAACCACAGAGCCCAGCUCAGAAUACUGGUCCACCCCAAGACACUUCUCAGGAUAAGCUGACAGAACAAAUUGCAUUGGAAAACCAGAUCCACCAGCGCAUUGCAGACCUAAGAAAAGAAGGUUUAUGGUCACUACGGCGACUUCCAAAGCUGCAGGAGUCCCCGCGCCCCAAGUCUCAUUGGGACUACCUACUGGAGGAGAUGCAGUGGAUGGCUGCCGAUUUUGCCCAGGAGCGCCGGUGGAAGAUGGCUGCGGCCAAAAAGCUGGUCAGAACUGUUGCCCGUCAUCAUGAGGAAAAGAAGCUUCGGGAGGAAAGAGGGAAGAAGGAGGAGCAGAACCGUUUAAGACGCAUCGCAGCAUCCACUGCUAGAGAAAUAGAGUAUUUCUGGUCAAAUAUUGAGCAGGUUGUGGAAAUAAAACUACAAGUGGAAUUAGAAGAAAAAAGGAAAAAGGCCUUAAAUCUGCAGAAAGGCUGCAGGCGAGGCAAAGACUCAAGACUGAAGGGACUUGAGACGUUACCGGAGAAUUUUCUGAGCUCAGGGCCGUCAUCGAGGAAGAGGAAAGCCAGUGCUUCCUUAACUGAUGACGAAGUGGAAGACGAGGAGGAGACCAUCGAAGAGCAAGAGGCCAAUGAAGGGGCUGUGGACCAUCAGUCAGAGCUGUCCAACUUAGCCACAGAAGCGGAGCUGCCCUUGAUAGACCUGAUGAAGCUAUAUGAAGGUGCCUUCCUGCCCACCUUCCAGUGGCCCCAGCCUGCUCCCGACAGCGAGGAGUCAAGUGAAGAGGAAGAUGUGGAAGACUACCCUGGGGACCCGGGUGUCCACAAGGAUGUGGUCCUCAUCGACUCGCUGUUCAUCAUGGACCAGUUUAAAGCUGCAGAGAGAAUGCACAUCGGGAAGCCACACACGAAGGACAUUGCCGAAGUGACAGCUGUGGCUGAAGCCAUCCUGCCCAAGGGCAGUGCUCGCAUCAGCAGCUCGGUGAAGUUGAGCACCCCAUCUCUGAUCUAUGGUGUACUCAGAGAUUAUCAGAAGAUUGGCCUCGACUGGCUGGCAAAACUCUACCGGAAGAACCUCAACGGCAUCCUGGCAGAUGAGGCUGGACUUGGUAAAACAGUGCAGAUCAUCGCUUUCUUUGCCCACUUGGCUUGCAAUGAAGGCAAUUGGGGCCCUCACCUUGUAGUGGUGAGAAGCUGCAACAUGCUCAAGUGGGAGCUCGAGCUGAAGCGCUGGUGUCCUGGGCUCAAAACCCUCCUUUACGUCGGCAGCCAGAGAGAGCUCCGAGCAAAGAGACAGGAGUGGGCUGAGCCUGGCCGCUGCAAUGUCUGCCUCACGUCCUACAAGCAGUUCUUCCGGGGCUACAGCGCCUUCCUGCGGGCACGCUGGCGAUGCCUUGUCAUUGAUGAGAUGCAGCGCGUGAAGGGCAUGAGUGAAAGGCACUGGGAAGCUGUGUUCUCGCUGCGCAGCCAGCAGCGCCUGCUGCUCAUUGACGCGCCCCUGCAUAAUACUUUCCUGGAGCUGUGGACCAUGGUGCACUUCCUCAUCCCUGGCAUCUCCAGGCCGUACUCGCACUUCCCGUUGAAGGCCCCCAGUGAGGAGAACCAGGAUUACUACCACAAAGUGGUCAUCCGCCUUCACAGGGUGACACAGCCAUUUAUUUUGAGGAGGACGAAGAGAGAUGUGGAAAAGCAACUGACAAAGAAGUACGAGCAUGUGCUGAAGUGCCGCCUCUCCAAUCGGCAGAAAGCUCUGUACGAGGACGUCAUCCUGCAGCCCGGCACCCAGGAGGCUCUGAAGAGCGGGCACUUUGUGGAUGUACUGAGCAUCCUCCUGAGACUACAGCGCAUCUGCAACCAUCCGGGGCUGGUGGAGCCCCGGCUUCCAGAGUCAUCCUACACAGCAGAGCCGCUGCAGCUCCACUCGGCAUCCCUAGUCUUGAAAGCACUGGAUGGAGAUGCCUGGGAGGAAGCUGAUCUUUCCAUAUUUGACCUCCUUGGCUUAGAGAAUAAAAUGACCCGCCAUGAGGCCGAGUUGCUAGGCAGGAAAAAGGCGACACGGAAACUCCUAGAGGAACUCUCCACCACGCCAGUCCCAGCUCCCCGACCAGCCACUCUCAGACUGAAACCCAGCAGGUUGUUUCAGCCUGUGCAGUACGGCCAGAAGCCCGAGGGGCGCACGGUGGCUUUCCCUAGUACACAUCCACCCCGUACUGCCACCUCCACUGCAGCUUCUGCCGUGCCCCAGAGCCAUGUGCGAGGGCGGCCGCCAAUUGCCACGUUCUCUGCCAAUCCAGAUGCAAAAGCGGCAGCCGCCCCGUUUCAGACCUCUCAGGCUUCCACCAGUGCUCCAAGACACCAGCCCGCCUCGACCUUCAGCACAGCACCUAGCCCAGCCCAUCCAGUGAAACUCCGGGCUCAGACCACUGCCCUGGCCUCCGGCCCUGGCCCGCCCCAGCCCCAGCCCCAGGCCCCUCACCCAGCCGGGCAGAGUGCCCUGCCGCAGGGGCUGGUGCUCACCUCGCAGGCCCAGGCGCGCCUGCCGAGUGGUGAAGUUGUCAAGAUAGCCCAACUGGCUUCCCUGUCUGGGCCACCGAGUCGAGUUGCACAGCCGGAGACCCCUGUGACGCUGCAGUUCCAAGGGAACAAGUUCACCCUGUCCCACAGCCAGCUGCGGCAGCUCACUGCUGGUCAACCACUACAGUUACAAGGCAGCGUCCUCCAGAUUGUGUCUGCUCCAGGACAGACAUACCUGCGCCCUCCAGGCCCUGUGGUGAUGCAGACUGUGUCUCAGGCAGGCACCCUGACUGCCCUGGGAAGCAAGCCACCAGCUUCCGGACCUGCGCCCCUGGCCUCCCAAGUUGGGGUUCCUGGUCGAGCAAUAGCUAACCCCCUGGCCGCAGGAGAACCAGGGAUGGCCCCGAAGCCAGCGUCUCCCAUUGGAGGGCCCAGCCAGGAGGAGAAGACUCGGCUCCUGAAAGAGCGCCUGGACCAGAUCUACCUCGUCAACGAGCAGCGCUGCUCCCGAGCCCCCAUCUAUGGCCGGGAUCUGCUAAGCCUCUGCUCCCUGGGAGGCAGGGGAAAGGCUGCCUGGCUCCAGGGCUGGGCGGCUGAGUCCACAACCCCCUCACAGAGCCAGAGAGACUUGAUUCAGACACUGGCCCAGCGGCAAGAGACUCUCCAGGACAUCAUGGACAGGGUGGUGUGCGUGAUCCCUGCAGUGGUGGCCACACCCCCAUCUUUAUGGGUAGCGAGGCCACCCUCCCUCUACAGUCAUAGACUGAGGCUCUUUCGGCACCGUCUAAAGGAGCACAUGGCACCCUAUGCCCAGCAGCUCCAGCAAAUGACAGCCCUGCGCUCGCUACAGUUCCCUGAGCUGCGCCUAGUCCAGUUUGACUCAGGAAAGCUGGAAGCACUGGCCCUCCUGCUGCAGAAGCUGAAGUCCGAAGGGCGCCGUGUACUGAUCUUGUCCCAGAUGGUGCUCAUGUUGGACAUCUUAGAGACGUUCCUGAAUUUCCAUUACCUCACCUACAUACGGAUCGAUGAGAAUGCCAAUAGUGAGCAGCGGCAGGAGCUCGUGAGGAGCUUCAACAGAGACCGGAGGAUCUUCUGUGCCAUCCUCUCCACCCAUAGCCGCACCACUGGCGUCAGCCUGGUGGAAGCCGACGCUGUGGUGUUCUAUGACAAUGACCUCAAUCCUGUGAUGGACGCCAAGGCCCAGGAGUGGUGUGACCGGAUUGGAAGGCGCAAAGAUGUGCACAUUUAUAGGCUGGUGAGUGGCAAUUCCAUUGAAGAGAAACUGUUGAAAAAUGGAACCAAAGAUCUAAUCCGUGAAGUGGCCGCUCAGGGCAACGACUACUCCAUGGCGUUCCUCACACAGCGAACGAUUCAGGAGCUGUUUGAGGUUUAUUCUCCCGUGGACGACACUGGCUUCCCUGUGAAGGCCGAGGAGUUUGUCGUUCUUUCCCAGGAGCCGUCGGUCACAGAGACCAUCGCACCCAAGAUUGCCAGACCCUUCAUCGAGGCUCUCAAGAGCAUCGAGUACUUGGAGGAAGACACACUGAGACCAAUGGAGGAGGCAGACCCUGGGGGACCUGGCAGGGGGACCGAGGAGCCCUCACACUGGGGGGAGCUUGCAGACUUCAUGGAGCAGCUUACUCCGAUAGAAAAGUAUGCCUUGAAUUACCUGGAAUUUUUCCACACCUCCAUCGAGGACGAGAAGGAGAUGAGCAGGGAGGGCGUAGUGCCGGCUGCCAUGCAGGAGUGGGAGGCCCAGAAUUCCAGGAACCUGCAGGAGCAGGAGGCCAGGGCGCAGCGGGAACAGGAGCAGGACGAACUGCUCACCUAUACCCGGGAAGAUGCCUACAGUGUGGAGUACAUCUGUGAGGGUGCUGACGGACAGACUGAAGUCAUGCCGCUCUGGACCCCGCCCACACCACCACAGGAUGACAACGACAUCUACAUUGAUUCAGUCAUGUGCCUCAUGUAUGAGACCACACUCAUCCCUGAGUCCAAGCUGCCGCCCGUGUACGUGAGGAAGGAGCGCAAGCGACACAAAACAGACCCCUCAGCUGCAGGAAGGAAGAAGAAGCAACGCCACGGGGAGGCCGUCGUGCCACCUCGGUCCCUGUUUGACCGCGCCACUCCAGGCAUGUUGAAGAUCCGGCGAGAGGGCAAGGAGCAAAAGAAGAACAUCCUGUUGAAGCAGCAAACCCAGUUUGCCAAGCCGCUGCCUACUUUUGCCAAACCUACGGCGGAGUCUGGGGCAGACAACCCCGAGUGGCUCAUCAGCGAGGACUGGGCGCUACUGCAGGCCGUAAAGCAACUUCUUGAGCUGCCUCUGAACCUCACUAUCGUGUCACCGGCCCACACACCCAACUGGGACCUGGUCAGCGACGUGGUUAACUCCUGCAGCCGCAUCUACCGCUCCUCCAAGCAGUGUCGCAAUCGCUAUGAGAACGUGCUCAUCCCCAGGGAGGAGGGCAAGAGCAAGAACAAUCGUCCCCUGCGCACGGGUCAGAUGUACGCUCAGGACGACAAUGCCACGCACACUCAGCUCUACACCAGCCACUUCGACCUCAUGAAGAUGACGGCUGGGAAAAGAAGCCCCCCCAUCAAGCCUCUGCUCGGCAUGAACCCCUUUCAGAAGAACCCCAAACAUGCCUCGGUGCUGGCAGAGAGUGGCAUCAACUAUGACAAGCCGCUGCCUCCCAUUCAGGUGGCCUCUCUCCGUGCUGAACGCAUCGCCAAAGAGAAAAAGGCACUGGCUGAUCAGCAGAAAGCACAGCAACCCCCUGUGGCACAACCCCCUCCACCCCCGCCACCCCAGCCUCAGCCUCCACCUCCCCAACAGCCAACUCAGCCUUUACCCCAACCCCAGGCCACGGGCAAUCAGCAGCCCGCAGGGCCACCCACCAUCCAGCAGCAGCAGCAGGCCCAGGCCCAGCCCCCGGGGCCACCCCCACAGACCCCAGCCAAGGGGCCACCAGCCGUCAGCACAGUGGGUAGCGCCGCCGUAUUGGCGGGAGCCCUGAAGACAUCAGUCACUGGGACAAGCAUGCCUGCUGGCACCGUGAGUGGGAAUGUGAUCGUGAACACCAUUGCGGGUGUCCCCGCAGCCACUUUCCAGUCCAUCAACAAGCGACUCGCCUCGCCUGUGGCACCUGGGACCCUGACUACCUCCGGAGGCUCUGCGCCUGCCCAAGUGGUCCACACCCAGCCACGAGCUGUUGGUUCCUCGGCCACGCCCACACCCGACUUGGUUUCACUGGCACCAACUCAGGGUGUUCGAGCAGUCACCUCGGUGACUGCCUCAGCCGUGGUCACCACCAGCCUGACUCCCGUACAGACCCCAACAAGGUCUUUGGUCACUCAGGUAUCCCAAGCCACAGGAGUGCAGCUUCCUGGAAAGACCAUCACCCCCGCGCACUUCCAGCUCCUCCGGCAGCAGCAGCAACAGCAACAGCAGCAGCAACAACAGCAGCAGCAGCAGCAGCAACAGCAACAGCAGCAGCAGCAACAGCAGCAGCAAACAUCACAGGUGCAGGUUCCUCAGAUCCAGGGCCAGGCCCAGUCUCCCGCACAGAUCAAAGCUGUCGGCAAGCUGACCCCGGAACAUCUGAUCAAAAUGCAGAAGCAGAAACUGCAACUGCCCCAGCAGGCCCCCCCACCGCAGGCCCCGCCAGGACCCCCACCGCCGACGGCUCAAGUGCAGGUGCAGCCCCCGCAGCCCCCGCAGCCGCAGACCCCCCAGCUGACCACGGUCACAGCCCCGAGGCCUGGAGCCCUGCUCACAGGCACCACCGUGGCCAACCUCCAGGUGGCCCGGCUAACCCGGGUUCCCACCUCCCAGCUGCAGGCACAAGGGCAGAUGCAAGCCUCGGCACCCCAGCCCGCUCAGGUGGCCUUGGCGAAGCCACCUGUGGUGUCUGUCCCUGCGGCAGUGGUGUCCUCUCCAGGUGUCACGACGCUGCCCAUGAACGUUGCUGGCAUCAGUGUGGCCAUCGGGCAGCCACAGAAAGCCACAGGUCAGACUGUCGUAGCCCAGCCUGUUCAUGUCCAGCAGUUGCUGAAGCUCAAGCAACAAGCUGUGCAGCAGCAGCAGAAGGCCAUCCAGCCACAGGCCACAGCCAGCCCCGCUGCUGUCCAGCAGAAGAUCACAGCACAGCAGAUCGCAGCUCAGGGCCAGCCACAGAAGGUCACGUACGCCACCCAGCCCGCCCUGAAGACCCAGUUCCUUACCACACCCAUCUCCCAGGCCCAGAAGCUGACCAGUUCUCCACAGGUGCAGACCCAGAUCCAGGUUGCAAAGCUCCCUCAAGUCGUCCAGCAGCAGAGCCCAGUGACCAGCAUCCAGCAGGUGGCCUCUGCCUCCCAACAGGCUUCCCCACAGACUGUGACACUCACGCAGGCAACAGCAGCCGGCCAGCAGGUGCAGGUGAUCCCUGCAGUGACGGCCACUGCACAGGUGGUCCAGCAGAAGCUCAUGCAGCAGCAGGUUGUCACAACGGCAGCAGCCCAGCUCCAAAGUCCUGGAGUCCCUGCCCCUACACCGGUGCCAACAUCCGACAGCCCCAGCCAGCAGCCCAAGUUACAGAUGCGCGUCCCCGCUGUCCGGCUCAAGACUCCCACCAAGCCUCCAUGCCCUUAGUCAGCACAGUGAGCCGGGGAACUCAGCACCAUUCAGCUUCUGGCCAACCCCAGGCGCCGUGGCAUGGGAGAGGCAUGGCGCUGGAGACUAGGAAUCAUGUCCGUCCUGUCCAAGCGCCUUCACGGUGGA